ACAUGAAUGUAUCAGGCAUGAUUUGCUUUACUCUGGUAGUGAGCCUUCUUCUGGCUCAGACCGAAGGACGGGCUUUCAAUAACGCUCAAUCACGUGAGAAGCGACAAACAAGCAGUUGUGACGGAGGAACAAGGUAUGACACUUUCGGGCCAAUUUCCACCAACACUGAGGGUCAGUACAGCAACAACGAGAACUGCUGCUGGGAAUUCGCACCUGACAUAGGAGGGACCACAUUUAAUAUCACGUUCAACUUUGACACGUUUGAACUAGAAAGUAGUUCUACUUGUAGAUAUGAUGCCCUUACUUUCUACACGGUAGAUGGGCCUGAGAAGGAGUGUGGACUGAAGACGAACUUCACAAGGACAUUCACGGUGACAGAAAGUCCCUUCCAAGUGUGUUUCACCAGCGAUAACUCCGUUACCGAACAGGGUGUCAGUGGAUCCUACAGCAUAGCCGCAGGUUCCACAGGCUCUACUACUCCAAGCUACUUCACAACUGACUAUCCCGACUAUUACUAUAAUUAUUACCAAGAUUACCUAACUACUCCAUAUCCCUACUACUAUCCUACUGACUAUCCUCAAUAUCCCACUACCAGCUAUCCCUAUUAUUAUAAUUACAACCAAUAUCCAGAUUAUGUAACUACUCCAUAUCCCUACUAUGGCCCUAUUGACUAUCCCUACAAUUACCAAUAUCCAGAUUACGUGUCAACUCCAUAUCCCUACUUUUUCCCCAUUGACUAUCCUCAAUAUCCCACUACCAGCUAUCCCUAUUAUUAUAAUUACAACCAAUAUCCAGAUUAUGUAACCACUCCAUAUCCCUACUUUUUCCCUAUUGACUAUCCCUACAAUUACCAAUAUCCAGAUUAUUUGUCAACUCCAUAUCCCUACUAUCCAGCAACCAUCGGUGUGGUUCCAAUCCCCGAGGACGUACCUGGCUGUGAUACUAUCAGCGUAAACACUGAUGGCAACACUACAUAUUAUGGUAACCAUGGAAGCAUCAGUAUCAACGAUGACGGUAGCUACGGCAACAGCGAGGACGCUUGUUUUUCACUUCAUCCAAGCUUCUCAGGGUCGGGCAUCAUCACCUUUGUCUUCAACGUGUUUGACAUUGAAGAGGCCACCGACUGUAUAUUUGACUAUAUCGAGUUUGACGACGGCAACACCAGACUGAGGGAAUGUGGCUCUGUUGAUGCAGGGACCCAGAGAGAGUUUGAGUUCCACGACGGCCGUUUCAAUGUGUGCUUCCACUCCGACGGAUCAGUGACAGGACGGGGUUUCCAGGCCACGUAUGCCAUGAAUCCAGUUCAAGAGGUUGACUCUGAUGUUACUACAUCCUUUCCAGUGUACAGCUUUAACACAACCGUAUUACUGAAUAUUACAGAAAAUACGACGCUACCAGUAGAUCCUAUCUUCAACUCAACGCUGUCACCUAAUUCCACACAGGCCACAACUCUACCAGUCUCGCUGUUGCUCAUGCGUGUUAUACUUCUGUGUGCUGGACAGUGAAUACAACCGUGAACGCUACAGACGACGCAGAUGGCGAAAUUACAGACUGCAACCUCGAUAUUGAUGAUCUUGAGGGCACCUAUACCCUGGCCACUGAUUCCGAUGGACAAU